CUCAACGUCACUUCCUUCUGUUACCAUCCUGUCCUAAGACCAUACACAUUACGGCGUAAUGUCAAAGUCAGAUGAAUACACGAUACCUCUCCAAGAUCAACGCGCCUUCGGAGCGGGCCUGAAGCGCAAGCGCGUACAGUUUGUUCGCUCGAGCGAAACGACAAGCGCCACCAGCAAAUCCGGCACAUCGUACGGCCACAGUGUUAGCAGGACUUAUCUGGGUCUUGUCCUUCCACAAUCACAGUCCCCUGAUGGUUUGGAGAAGCAAAAUUCGAAGACAGAUACAAGUUUAACAGAAACUGAACCGCAAAUAUGCGAGACAUGUUCCCUUCCCAUUCCUCCUCUUUCUUCAUCGACUCCCCACGCUGCACUCCUCGCACAUCAGCUCAGCCUCCCGCACUCCCAUCCACCCUCCUCCCUAUCACGGCACAGAACCGGUGUCCGCAUGUUACGUGACCAAGGCUGGGACCCUGAUGCCAGGACAGGCCUUGGCGCGCAUGGAGAGGGAAUACGAUAUCCAAUCAAGGCCAAAGAGAAGAACGACAAGCUAGGUAUAGGCGCAACAAUGCCGAAGCCGAAGCGCGACGUACUAGAAUUAAGUCGAGGUGUUGAUCAAGCAAAAACUAGGAAAAAGAGGGACAAUGACAAGGGUAAGAAAAAGAAGGGCUGGGUGAAGAAGACAGCAGAAGAAGAAAAGCGAAGAUCGGACAGGUUGCAGCAAUUAUUUUACGAGAGCGAGGAGGUAUCCAAAUAUUUACGCUAAGCAUUGUAGUAGCUCUGUGGUACGAGGCGAUUCAUAUGAGAGGGGUGAGAGGAGGUCUUACGAUGAUCACGUAGCAACGAUGUCAAAUGUGAGGGUUAUAAACUUGGUAGACUGGUUUGUGUGGAUGCUACUACUGUUGCUAGCGUUCACGAGAGAUUCUCCUGGCAGAGGGUAGGAGCCUGCCCCCAGGACGCUCCCCAGCUGAUGAUUCCAUUCCAGCGAAAUUGUAGCAUUCGUUGUUUUUUGGACUAUGUUGGACAGGAGCCCGCCACUGCACUGAAACCUGCGAAAUUACGCAAGCCUACGUUAUGUUUCUCGUCUAUAAAUAACGAAUACCGAAGAAGUCAGGCU